AUGACAGCAGAAGUAGCCGCCAAUGGCGCCGAUGUCUCAAGGCUCGAGGCCCUCAUCCGCGACAACGCUCGCAAGACCAAAUCCAUCUACGCCAACACAACCUCAGACCCAUCUGCCCGUAAGCGCAUAAAGCUGGAUCCCGGCCUGGCAUCCGAAGACCCCGACAUCACGAAAUCGUCCCUCUCCCUCCGCCUUCACGCCGAAUACAGCGAUGUCCAAACCCUCCCCGAAUACAUCGCCAAAAAGCUGCCCGCCGCCGGCCCGCGCAAGAGAAAGACCAAAGCCGCCGAGGAACCGCCGUCCAAGUCAGAAGAGCACGCGCGCAAGUUGAUAGAGGGAAUUCCAGUGAGCAAGACGGCCGGCGGAGCAGGAGGCGUCGGUUCCAGCGCUCUGGUCCUCUCCCGCAACAAACCCACCGGCGCCGGCGCCGGCGCAAAGACCCAACAACGCAACGAACCACAGAACAUGUCUCUCAGCAGGCGACCCGAUAGCAUGUUGGCGCAGCCGCGGCCGGACUGGCACGCACCAUGGAAGUUGCAGCGCGUCAUCAGCGGCCAUCUGGGUUGGGUCCGGGCGCUGGCGGUGGAACCGAACAACCAGUGGUUUGCAUCGGGCGCUGGGGACCGUACCAUCAAGAUUUGGGAUUUGGCGUCGGGCCGGCUGCGGCUGACGCUGACUGGGCAUAUUUCAACGGUGCGCGGGCUGGCCGUGUCGCCGAGGCAUCCCUACCUGUUUUCGUGCGGCGAGGAUAAGAUGGUGAAGUGUUGGGACUUGGAGACGAACAAGGUGAUCCGCCACUACCACGGCCACCUCUCGGGCGUGUACGCCCUCAAACUACACCCCACGAUCGACGUGCUCGUCACAGGCGGGCGCGACGGCGCGGCCCGCGUGUGGGACAUGCGCACGCGCAGCAACGUGCACGUGCUGUCGGGCCACACGGGCACGGUGGCGGACCUCGUCUGCCAGGAGGCCGACCCGCAGGUCAUUACGGGCAGCCUGGACUCGACGGUGCGCAUGUGGGACCUGGCGGCUGGCAAGACGAUGGGGGUCCUGACGCACCACAAGAAGGGCGUGCGCGCGCUGGCCACCCACCCGACCGAGUUCACCUUCGCCAGCGGCAGCACGGGAACCAUCAAGCAGUGGAAGUGCCCCGAGGGCGCCUUCAUGCAGAACUUUGAGGGCCACAACGCCAUCAUCAACACCAUGUCGGUCAACGCCCAGAAUGUCUUUUUCUCGGGCGGCGAUAACGGGUCCAUGAGCUUCUGGGACUGGAAGUCCGGCCACCGGUUUCAGGCGCUGGAUACCACGGCGCAGCCUGGUUCGCUGGAUGCCGAGUCUGGGCUGAUGAGCUCCAUAUUUGAUAAUUCUGGUUCGAGGUUGAUAUGCGGAGAGGCGGAUAAGACUAUCAAAAUCUGGAAGGAGGAUCCGACUGCCACGCCAGAAUCACAUCCCCUCGAGUGGAAGCCGACAUUAUCAAGGAGGAAGUUUUAA